GGCACAUCUCCUCAUGGCCAUCGCAUAAAAUUUCGAAUGGCAUCUCUCCUCUCCUCCCCGUCUCUCCCCGCUCUCUCCCCCUCCCUUGCCCCCGUCUUUUACGGAAUUCCCCGUAACGUUCCUUCCCUUCUCCCCUCCGAAUCCCUCUGCACGAAGUCCUCGAGAAUUCGAGCCCUCGUCGUCUCCUUCGCGCUCUCGGAGUCCGAUUCCCCCAAAUCCCUCGACGACGACGCUGCCGCCCUUCUCCCUCUCCUUCAAGACCUCGCGGAUUGCCUAAAGCUACCCCCGGAUUACCUUGCAAGGCUCCCGGGGGAUCUCCGGCUCGAUCUAAAUGAUGCGGCAUUUGAUCUUUCGAACGGGCCCGUGCUGGAUGAGUGCGGUCAGGAGGUGGGGGAAAUGCUCUUAAAUCUUUCUCGAGCAUGGGAACAGGCUGAUACUUCUACUUCAAAUAGCAUCGCAAGACAGCUCCCGUCUUUAGAGAGUUCUUUGACUGACAAUGUCAAACCAGCACUUGGCAAACGUUUGGUAUCUGCUGGAAGAAGAUUUGAGGCUAUGGGAAUGUACGGUCAAGGAGAGCCACAAAGGAUUGCCAAAGCUAUGAUCAAAACUGGGAAGCUGCUGUCUAGAGGUUCUGCUAUAGAAACUGAUGAGAGGCCUAAGAAGGAAAGCAGGAUGCUGAAGUUUGGAGAAUUACAAGUUGAGUUGACUCCAGGGAAAGCUUACAUUGGUGCUGCUAUUGGUUUUGUUUUUGGAUUACUCUCUUGGGAACUAAGUCAGGGCAUCCAAAGCAUUCCAGAAAGUUCAUUGCAGUAUGCAAAUGAUAAUGCACUGCUCCUAGCAAAGUCGCUAAGAGGAGCUCUUCUUGUACUCGGUUUCUCAUCUGCAGUCUUAUCUGUGGUUGCUUCGAUGGCACUUGUGUUGUUAGGAAGACAACUGAGUUCCCAAAGCAAGACAAAGAAACCGUAAAUAAUCAGGUUUACAAAUGUCAGCUUGCUAUUUUAAAGCUACGGAUGUAUUUUGUUGAAGUGUAAUUGAAAUAUUUCAAAUUCCUCCAUGCAUAUGUUAAAAUUUGCGUGCUUAUUGGCCAAAA